CUUAAUUUGAAAUUAAAAGGGGAGCAGGAGGGAUUGUUGAAAGGAGCUGGAGAAAGCAAGGGAAGGAGGUGACACCCGAGAGCCCUGGGUCACCCUACCCCAACCAGCCUCUGUCGCUGCUGCUUUGUUCCAUAUUUAGUUCCUGACAACUGUGCCUGGGGCAGGAACUCCCAGCUCUGUUUUCCCUCCUCUCUGCACUCCCAGAGCUCUCAGAAGUUGCUCUUUCUCUCUCCCAGUGGCCACAAGUCAAGCCCAGUGUAGUGCAGAAGAUGGCAGAGAAGCAGGAGGAGCCCAGUAAUGCCCAGAACGGGGAACCCGACAAUGCAGAGGAGGGCGAGGGCAAGAAGAAGAAGGUGAAGAGGGAGGACCUGCCACCGUUUGAAAUCGUGACAGGGGAACGCCUCCCAGCCAUAUUCUUCAAAUUCCAGUUCAGGAACGUGGAAUACAGCUCCGGCAGGAACAAAACCUUCCUGUGCUACGUGGUGGAGAUGCAGGGCAAGGAGUCGGCGCCGUGCCGGGGGUACCUGGAGGACGAGCACGCGGCCGCCCACGCCGAGAUGGCCUUUCUGGACACGAUCCUGCCGCGCUGCGAGGCGGGCGGGCGCUGCACCGUCACCUGGUACGUGUCGUCCAGCCCCUGCGUGAGCUGCGCCCAGCGCAUCGCGGACACCCUGCGCAGGAACAAGGCCCUGCGCCUCACCAUCAUGGUGGGCAGGCUCUUCAUGUGGGACGAGCCCGAGGUGCAGGCCGCGCUCCGCGGCAUGAAGGAGGCCGGCUGCAAGCUGAGGAUCAUGAAGCCUCAAGACUUUGAGUACGUCUGGCAGAACUUUGUGGAGCAGGAGGAAGGGGAGGAGGUGAAGUCGUUCGUGCCGUGGGAGGACAUUCAGGAGAACUUCCAGUACUACGAGGAAAAGCUGGCUGAGAUCCUGCACUGAGCUCACGACCUGCUCAGAGAUCUAUGAAGAGAAGUGACAGACCUGGACACCUGGGACACUCCACUUCCCAAAGCUUUGACUCCAGCAGGAUGGAGAACCAGCUCCUGGAAGACAAAGCCCUGUGGGACUAUGAACACAGACCUUUGGUGUUUGGGAUUU